CUUUUGUCUUAAUUGUUCUUAAUACCUUCAACCUCAGUUUCUGAUCAGGGACUAUAGUGCACAGUUCUAUUUAGAGUCCGAUACUGACACGAGAACUAUGAUCAGCCGCCCUUGAUUUGGGGUACGAACAUUGUUUCGAGUCCAUGGUGAACAGAACGCUGAGAUAGGCUACACUCUCCGUGGAGAUGAGCCCUUUCCUCCUCCUUUCAUAUCAGCAAACCAAGAUACCAUGGAGGAUGGCUACCCUAUCUUCGUUAUGGUUCCUCGUAAUAGGCAGCACCGCGAGGAGGAGUUACUGGCUUGAAGCUGAUCUCACACCAAGAAAUGCAUAUUAUCAUUCGUCCCCAAAAGAACAGGCCAGUUCUGUCAUUAGGAUAAAAAAUCAAAUAAAAAGGAUACUCAACAUGCAACCGGACAACGCUACUCUGGACAAUUACAUUCUGUCAAUAUUUAACGUACAGAAUAUUAAUCCUACCUACGUUUUUCUGCUCCCCAGUGGCGAUAAGAAACAUAUUCAAAAAUUGAUAUAUCAGAAAAGUGAUUUCCUCGAAGCGCAAUUUCCAAACAUCUCCUCAAUCAAUAAAUUCAAACGAAGCUUAAACUACUCGCUAGAUGAAUAUAGAGCGGAUAAAUACACCGAUCAAGAAAUGGGAACUUUUGCCAGUUCCGACGAUGAUUACACUGCGGAUGAUGGAUUGAUGGAUAUUGUAGAGGAAAAUAUGCGAACUGAACGAAAUUUCAUCCAAUUCAUGGAUGAUUUGAAUCACGGCUUAGAGGGUAGCUUCAGAAAACAAUUACUGAAGCAAAAGAAUGCAUCAUCUAGGAAAUUGCAGAGUACGCAAAGUGUCGGCUGGGAUGAGCUAGGUCUGGAGGGAUGGAGUGGGGGACUGAAAGCAGUGACGGAACAAACGUUGGAACAGCCAUUGCUGCAAAGGCCUAAAACUAAAUCAGCUGAUCGUGAACCUUUCAUAAACAUUCAAGCAAACUUUGAUCCUCUGAAGUUUCUCAGGACACCGAUUCCAACUAGGCCUGUUGAAAUCGAAACCACCAACGGCGUUGGGAAUGGUACAUUCGUUCCACCGCGGCAUAAAAAUCCAGCACUAUUGCUAAGUUAUGACCAUGAGAAGAAAUUGGAAGAAAUUUGGAAUCAAACACAAACUUUUAGUGGAAAACCAGUUCGCUUGCCAAUCACAAGUAGCCGAGAUGCCCAUCAUGACGAUGACGUAUUUAUAGCGCGCGCAAACAAUCCCUUUGGGCACUCAACGAAAUGGCGUUGGAGCAACGACACUGAUGAAACAAACAACGUUAUUGGAGAGUCGGCACCAACGAGAGAAGGCCGCUCGAAACGUGGUGUAUACAACCUGUAUUCUAUGAUUAAGUGUGCCACUGGAUGUGAUCCAAUUAUUUACAAAGGCUAUGGGUGCUAUUGCGGAUUUCUCGGAUCAGGGCAAGCAUUGGAUGGGAUAGACAGGUGCUGCAAGAUGCAUGACUACUGCUACACAGCAUCGAAUUGCCCCAUGUUUCUGGAGUAUUUUGUACCGUAUUUGUGGAAAUGCUAUCGCGGGCGACCAUUAUGUGAACGGCCUCAGUAUGUACCGCGUUGAUUUUAGUGCAAUAUCGUCAGCAGAAGCAAAUUCGUUGUGGUGCUCCAUCCUAAUAGGACUCCAAAGAAGCCCAUGGUUCGGUUCACGGUCGACAGUUCCCAGCGUGAUCUCGUCGAUGACGAUGAGGAAUAGCAGAGGUGAACACCUUUCCCAGCAAGCAUCAAAUCGUAUGAAAAGUCAUAAUUGGAGGCGAUAUACAUACAUCCAAGACACAUUUGGAUGAUAUAUGAUGCAUAUAACUGGCAUAUACAUGCAAAAGUGGAGGCGAUAUACGUAUACGUCUUUUUUUAUCCCAUCUGUUUAUUUUUAUUAUUGGGCUCAUCUAGCAUUUCAGCUGUAACAGAGCCGAAUUUAUCGUGUACAUUUUUUCUCAUGUUGCAUAUUACACAGUAGCUAUAUAGUCGUAAAAGUAUUCCUACCUCAUCGAUACACGUUUUUAUCUAUUACGCAUUAGCCAUUUAGGCGUGUGAGUAUUCAUUCCUAUUCUAUCGAUACACAACACAUGUCGCAUUUUUCGGCGUAAAAAUAUUCCUAUUGUUCGAAUGUUCACAGUUGGACAC